CUCAACUUUUACUGAGAAGGACUCUGCAAUUUCUUCAGUAUUUCAACGAGCGUAAGUCAUUAAUUUGUUGAUAUCCUUUGCUUAAUUAAAUUCCUUUGCUUAAAUGUUUUAUUCCACAAAAAUAAUUCUGAACUGUGUAUAAUUUUUGGCAAAUAUUAUUAAUUCACUAAAACAGCUAUUUUUGAGGUAAUGGAGACACAAAAUGAUGAUAUCGCUGCGGUGCUCGCCGUGGAUCCAUGGUCACUGCAGGCGACUGGCGUUACCAGCUCGGCAGGCGACACGUCGCGCCUCUGCCUCGUCACUGAGCCCGACGACGAGGGAGAAAGAGACGCGCUGGGACUCAGACCCACAAGACCGUGGUUCUGUGGACUGAACCAGUCAGAGACGCUCGUCGCCACAACAUAUUCGGCAACGUCACCUUCACCGUGGCCUGGUCCGACAUGUACAGGCAGUUUGGCCCUAAUAUGUACUACCUCCGACAACGUACUUCUCAUAACAUUACAACUGAAAUACUGAUCACUAAAAAACGUUUUAACAUCUUGGAAUUAGUUGAUUUUUAUGCCAAGGACGCUCCUGUAAGAAGAGGAAUAUGCAAUUGUGGUUCAGGAAGCAGAAUAUGCAACUGUGGUCCAUUGGAAUACGCAACAGAAGUUCAAAGAGGUGAAUCAAGUAUCAAGCAUCAAAUACAAAUAGCCGUUGAUGCCACAAUCUGGGAGGGUUUUUGGGUCUAUGCCCUGAGCACCAUUGUACUGAAUGACCACCAGCAUGAUAAAUUCUGUUUCAGGCACAGAUACGUGACCAAGAAGCCUUGUAGCUCUACUUGUGACAUAAGCCAAGCCCAAGAUAUUUUACGAUUUUACUGUAACCACGAACUUGAUGAGAAUUUUAGGCGCGAAUGGUAUGAAAGAUUUCGACGGAAUUGGAUGCUUAAUUUUGGAAGUUACAGUCAACCUUUACCAUAUUAUUUUCAACAAGCAAUCUACAGACAACUUCCUCAUCAAUUAUUUUCGAGAGAUUUUUGGCUCUCUUUCAAUUCCACGUCUCAUGAAAUGUAUUGCAUGACUUUGACAGAGCGGAUUGGCCCAGAUUUGAGAAAGUGGUGGACUGAUUGAUAUGGAGUUGGUGGGCAAAAUCAUUACAUGAACGCAAAUUCAUCACCAGAUAUUCUUUAUUUUCAUUUUUAAAGCAAAAUUUACCUGCGUUUGAAAAAUCAUAUACGAUGCAUUUGUAAAUAAUAUAUACGAUGCAUAAGCCUUGCCUGGGCUUCAUUUUGUAAAGCCAAGCUGGCGGCUUCAAACAUAAUUAAUAAGUUUUCUCAUUGGGUCCUACACAAUGAAUUAUCAAUGAACGAAUGACGCGCACGCUCAUGGUAAACCAAAUUUCUCGAGGACCGGCAUUUAUUAAAUUAUAGAAUUUAUUGUUAAGAGUUAUAUGCACGGGCGUAGUUGAACGUCGUGCUGCGUUAAUGUAUUAGUUUUAAUAAUUAGUCAUGGUCGCUUUGUUCAUAUCAAUGAGUUUUACCCCAACGAUAUAAUAAUCAAUCUGCAUUGACUGUUAAAUGCCGGAAAAACUGUUAAGUGAUCAUUUCAUUUUUCGAUGAGUGUUUUUAAUGUGAGUAAAUACUGUAUCACUAAUUUCCUGACGCUAAACAGUAUAGAUUUUGGGUGCCACUCACACUCAUAACUAUCAAUGUCACUCACAGAGUUAGUUGGUUAUAGCAACCUCUAAGAUUGUAAAAAAACAGACAAGCUGUAAUCAUAUUAUGGGGAAAUAUUAGCUUAUGGUCAUGAGGCCAAAACUUUUAGGUCUGUGUCCUUAUACUGUGAUUUAAAAUUGAUUGCUAUGAUGGCCAACUGCGUCAAAGAGCUCUGGGAUAAUGAUGCCUAUAUUAUAUUGUAGAGGAGUGAAACCUAAACUGUUCUGAAUGCAUUUUUAAUAAAUAAGUAAACCAGA